GGAGCAACUUCCACUAGUUCGAGGUGCAAAGCCUCUAGUGUAUCACCUGCAUACACCGAUGGUGCUGGACCAAACACUGCAAGAACAAGGCCAAUUCUACACUGUCGUUGACUUGCGUUCCACUAGAUCUGUUUUCAGCAUGGAAACAUGUUCAAGGAUUAGAAGUCUCCGAGGAAGAGCUUGCCUUGGAAGGCUUGACACGGAUAGUAGGUGCUACCUCCUUGGAUUAUUUGGUGGGCCUAGAAAUUUUGGAAUUUGAUUCUGGGUUCAACGAAAGCCUUGGAGGAGUGACCUUUCCCAGCAGUCUGCAAAGCUUGACUUUGGGAAGCAACUAUGAAGAGAGCCUUGAUGCAGUGACAUUGCCGAACAGUUUGAACAACUUGACUCUGGGUUUUAAGUUCAACCAGAGCCUGGAACGAGCGACCUUGCCCAGUGGUCUGCAAUGCUUGACUUUCGAUAGCAAGUUCAACCAUAGCCUGGAACGAGUGACAUUGCUGCACAGUCUGUGUAGCUUGACCUUGGGGGGUGAUUUCAACCAAAGCCUAAAGCAAGUGACCUUCCCGAGCAACCUGCAAAACUUGACUUUUGGACAGGCUCUCAACCAGAGCCUUGAAGGUGUAACCUUGCCAGAUAGCUUGCGAAGCCUGACAUUUGAUUUCAGCUUCAACCAAAGCUUUGAAGAAGUGACUUGGCCACGCAAUUUACAGCAAUUGAGUUUCAGUCGUGAUUUCAAUCAGAGUCUUCAAGGAGUUGCUUGGCCAAGUAGUGUCCAAAGCCUGGUGUUCGGCCACCAAACUCCAAGCUUUGAAGAAGUGACUUGGCCACGCAAUUUACAGCAAUUGAGUUUCAGUCGUGAUUUCAAUCAGAGUCUUCAACGAGUUGCUUGGCCAAGUAGUGUCCAAAGCCUGGUGUUUGGCCACCAAACUCCAAGCUUUGAAGAAGUGACUUGGCCACGCAAUUUACAGCAAUUGAGUUUCAGUCGUGAUUUCAAUCAGAGUCUUCAACGAGUUGCUUGGCCAAGUAGUGUCCAAAGCCUGGUGUUUGGCCACCAAACUCCAAGCUUUGAAGACUGUUUGGCAAUCUUACUCGUUCUAGGCUCUGGUUGAAAUCUCUGCCGAAUUCCAAGCUUUGCAAGUUCUUUGGAAAAAUAAAGCGGUCAAGGCUCUGGUUAAACCUACCUAUGGUUGAACCUCAAUAUUCUCAAACUGCUUGGCAAUGCCACUUCCUCAAUGUUGCUACCGAACAUAUGACCAAAAGUUAAGCUUUGUAGACUGCUUGGGACAGCCACUUUGGGCAUUCUUCCUUCAAGAGCCAAGCUGUGCAAACUGCUCGGCCAGGUCACAUGUUCAAGGCUCUGAUUGAAAACAUUGCAAAUUGUCAAGCUUUGCAAAUUCUCCGGCCUAGAACAAGUGACAUUGCCAAGCAAUUUGCAAAACCUGGUUUUUGGUUUCUGGUUCGACCAGAGCCUUGCAGGGUUACUUUGCCAGUCAGUUUGCAAAGCCUUGAAUUCGGUGACAUGUUCGAUCAGAGCCUUGGUCGGGUGUCGCUGCCAAGUGGUCUGCAGACUUUGAUUUUUGGCCAUAGCUUUAACCAAAGCCUCGAAGAAGUGACUUUGCCAAGCGGUUUGCACAACUUGGAAUUUGGUAACAACUUUGUCCAGAGCCUGGAACACGUGACCUUGCCAAGCAACCUGCAAAGCUUGACGACUUGAGCGGCUAUGAUUACCAUGUGCAGCAUCUUGACGGCGUUCAUUUACCACGGACCCUUCACACUGUUUCACACUCUGGAGGUGGAUUCCACAUUGGUAAGCACCAUGUGUGACCCCAUCGGUGACUCAGGAGGGGCGGAAUGAUUUCCA